AUGGUCAAGGAGGAAAUAUUAUUAGAAAGUUUACCUGUUGAUAACAAUCAUAAAAAGGACGAUAGUACCGAUGAAACGGUUCAAGAGACACUAAAUAAAUUAGAAGAAAAGAAACAAAAUUACUUAAAAAUAGCACCAGAGAAGGAUAGCGAUGUAAUAAGAAUACUGGAAUUGAUAGAGGAACCUAUUAUUUUACGUGGAGAGACUGUAGAGGAUAGAAGGAAGCGCUUAGCCACUAUAUUAUUUGUUAAUAAAGAUAGCCUGAAGAAGUAUUAUAACUCUGAACUAUAUUCAAAAUAUACAUCUGGUAAUUCAGCUACAAAUGAGUCAGAUAUUUUAUUGGAUGAGGGUGGGGAAGACGAGAGUGGUGAUGACGAGAGUGAUGAGGGUGAGUUUUACACACCUGCGAGUAAUCAAUUACGUGCAGUGAGGAGAUUUCUAGUUAAGGAUUCCAUUGCAAGAGCCCGCAAAAGAAUUAAGCAUGAAAGAAGAACUGUUUCUCUAGCAUUACAAUCAAAUAUAAUUAAAAAUCGAAGAGAAAGAGCCGAGGUUAUUCAGAAGUACGAAUUAGAGGGUUCUCAAGUAAUCUCAAAAAGACCAAUUUCUCGAGUUUCAAUUUCACCGGAGUCCAUGUAUUUUGCUGCAGGAAGUUGGGGUGGUGAUAUAUCCAUUCAUCAUGUGAGUGCAUUAGAAAAGGUAGUAAAUAUCGAGGAAGAUUCUAGGGGUAAAAUUGGAGGAUUGGAUUGGAAUAGCAAGGGGAAUUUAUUGGUUAGCGGGUCAGAAGACUCGGUUAUUAAAUUACAUGAUUUCGAUCAAUCUAAUGGUGACCUUAAUGAAGUCGCAACAUUGAAGGGACAUGAAGGGAGAGUAUCUCAUGUUAAAUUUCAUCCAACUGAUAAUUAUGUUGCUAGUGCAUCAUUUGAUAACACAUGGAGAUUAUGGGAUGUUCAAACUGGAACAGAAUUGUUAUUACAGGAAGGCCACAAUAAAGAGGUGUACAGUAUAGAUAUUCAAAGUGAUGGAUCGCUGUUAUGCUCAGGUGGGUUGGAUAAUAUUGGGCUUGUGUGGGAUAUAAGAGCUGGGAAAUCAAUUAUGGAACUAAAGGGACACACAAAACCUGUUUAUGCUGUUAAAUGGUGUCCUAAUGCCUACCAAGUGGCCACCGGUGGUGGUGAUGGUUUAAUCAACAUAUGGGAUAUCAGAAAAACAAAUAAAGCUAGUGAAAUAUUAUCUCAUAAGAAUAUUGUUACAGAUAUAAGCGUUUCGUAUGGUGAUGUUCCUAUCUUAAUAUCCAGUGGCUAUGAUAAAGCUAUCAAUAUUUAUUCUGUCGAUAACUGGGUGAAAAUUAAAACAUUGGUGGGACACGCUGAUAAAGUUCUAACUGCAAAUAUCUCGAGGGAUGGAGAUUGUAUAAUAAGUGGUGGUUGGGACCGUUCGGUUAAGUUAUGGGAAAAUCAUGCAUAG